AUGGUGUCCCCACCUUCAACAUUGCCAUCAGCAGAAGCCCACAAACUCUAUGUACAAAAUCUGAAUCUUGGUCUAUCCAUAGAACUUUCUAUUCUAAUACACAAAAAUCGAGAAAAUGAUCUAGCAGAAAGUCACCGUGAUGAUGCCAGUCAAUACUUGACAGCAGGCCUUGUGAUCUUCUGUGGCUUCUCAUUCUUUUUUUCAUGCUUUACCGAUAGCUUCAGGGAUGAGAAAGGGGUAGUCCAUUAUGGAAUAGCAACCUUUAAAGGAUUGUGGAUUAUUGAUGGGUCUGUCACCAUUCCUCCUGAACAAGCUUCAGAAUAUCGUCUUAAGGUUAUUGAUUUCUUUCAUGCUUUCAUGUCAACACUGGUUUUUGCUGCUAUUGCACUGUUUGAUCAGAAUGUGGUGAAUUGUUUCUACCCAAUAGCAUCUGUAGAGACAAUGGAAGUCCUCACAGCGUUGCCACUUGGAAUCGGUGCAUUGGGCAGUGGGUUUUUUGUUACAUUCCCUACCACUCGUCGUGGAAUUGGCUACCAUCUCUCUUCAACCUGA